AUGGCUGUCCGCGCUCAAUUUGAAAACUCCAACGAAGUCGGUGUCUUUGCCCGGCUGACAAACUCCUACGCGAUUGUCGCCAUCGGCGCUUCAGAGAACUUUUACAGUGUAUUUGAGGCUGAACUGCAGGAUGUCAUUCCCAUCUGCCACGCUACCAUUGCCGGAACGCGAAUUGUCGGCCGUCUUACAGCGGGUAACCGCAAGGGUCUGCUGGUGCCCACAACGACAACAGAUCAGGAACUGCAACAUUUGCGGAAUACGCUGCCAGACGAGGUGAAAAUCCAACGGAUAGAGGAGCGGCUCUCGGCGCUGGGAAAUGUCAUCUGCGCCAAUGACCAUGUUGCCCUCGUGCACCCGGAUCUGGAGCGCGAGACAGAGGAAAUUAUCGCAGACGUCCUCGGCGUCGAAGUCUUCCGGCAAACCAUCGCCGACAACGUCCUGACGGGCUCCUACAUGGCCCUCUCCAACCAGGGCGGUAUCGUCCACCCCAAGACCUCCGUCCGCGAUCAGGAUGAGCUCUCCUCCCUGCUGCAGGUGCCCCUGGUCGCCGGCAGCGUCAACCGCGGCAGCCCCGUCGUCGGCGCCGGCAUGGUCGUUAACGACUGGCUGGCCGUCACCGGUCUCGACACUACCGCCACCGAGCUGAGUGUCGUCGAGUCCGUCUUCCGGUUGGGCGAGAUGGGGCCUCGUGGUGUGGGCAUGGGCACUGCCAACAAGGAGAGUAUCGUCGAGAGUUUCUACUAG